UCUUACAGUACACACACCACACAAUGGCAUUCAAGCUCAUCGUUCUCGCCGCCGCCUUGGCUGUUGCCAACGCUGGUCUCCUCGCCGCCCCUGCCUACGCUCCUGCCGCCUACGCUCCUGCCGCUUACGCCGCCCCCGCCUACGCUCAUGCCCCCGCCUACGCUCACGCUCCCGCCGCCGUCACCUCCACCUCCGCCAACAUCCUGAGGUCUCCCGGUAACCUGGGACAGGUCUCCACCUUCACCAAGACCGUCGACACCCCCUACUCCAGCGUCAGCAAGUCCGACGUCCGUGUGAGCAACCCCGGAUACGCCACCUACGCCGCCCCCGCCUACCACGCACCCGCUGCCUACGCCGCUCCCGCUGUCGUAGCUAGGCCCGCCGUCGCCGCCUACGCCGCUCCUGCCUACGCCGCUCCCGCUUACGCUCCCCGUGCUUACGCCGCCCCCGCCGUCGCUCACGGAGGUCUCCUCGGAGUUGCCUACUCUGCUGCCCCCGCCGUCGCUCACAUGACCUACACCAACUCUUACGGCAUCCAAUACGCUUACUAAGCACAACUUGAUCUCUUUCAAUUUUUAAACUCUUCUUCACCUUCUUUAUUACCUUCCAACUCAUCUGUCUCUACCUCUCACCUUUCUCUUCCUCUUGACUGCGGAACUAGUACAAAACUCUUCAAGUUCCACAGUCGAUGAUCUCUUCCACUUCCUGAUCUUGUACAUAUCAUUUAUUUAUUUCACUAUUUAUUGAACUAUUUAUUUGUGUGAAAGUAAGUGAAUAAAGUGAUGUCUUAAA